AUGCUCAUAACAAACCCCCUCCACUCCCUCCAAAUCACCGCCCUCCAACUCCCCGCCUUCCUCUCCAUCCCCAACACCUCCCUCCACCAUUUCCCCCUCCUCAUCUACCACUCGGCAUUCCCGCCACAAACAUGCACAGUCGACGAUGUGACGCUGCAGCUCGAAUCUGUCGGCGUCGUGGAACCUGCUUGGGUGUACUCUUUUCCGGACGAUGGGGGCAGGUUUCAUUCGGGCACGCAUGAGGUGCUGGUGAUCAUCUCGGGCAGGGGGCGCAUGUCCUUCGGCGGGCCUGAAUACGCCCCGGAUGAGUUGAAGGAGAGUGAAAAAAACCUGGCGAGGACAGAGCUGGUAGUCGCCCAGGGGGAUGUGGUGGUAGUACCAGCGGGCGUCGCCCAUGGGCUAGAAGAAGAUCUGGACGGGGAUUUCAAAGUCGUCGGGGCAUACCCGCUAGGCUUGGGUAACUGGGAUUCUCUCACACUCGACUAUGAAAAAUUUGGAGAGGAAGGCGAAGAACAAAAAAGCAAGCCGGAUGGUGGCAAACGCAAGUUGAGGACGAGAGAAGAGGUGGAAGAGACGGUUCGGGCGGUGGAAUGGUUUGAGGGGGAUCCGAUAUAUGGCGAUGUUGGGCCGGUGGUGGAUGUGAAGAAGAAGAUGGAGGAUUAA